GGCUGGUAUUGGAAGCACCUUGUCUAGCUACAUUUAAUGUGAAUUAGUUGCUAUGAGAUAUUAUGACGUCACAACCCAUAGAUAAAUUAAACUGUGUGACAUAUUACACUACGUCAUAAAUUUCGCUGAAGAGACAUAGUUUGAUUAUCUGACGUCAUAGAUGUUGAUAAAGAGACAGCAAGUUUGUUUUCUAAACAAAAAAGGACAAAAUGAAUAAAGCUAUUUGGACAAAUAUAUUACUGAUCCUUCUUCACUUGGUGGCCGCUCCUAGAUAUUCAAGGGGCAAGGCAAUCAAUGGUACUGCCGUUCAUCCAUUGAACGACAAAGAAAUCCCUCAGUGUGCAUCAUUACGAUGUCAAAACGGAGGGACGUGUACUGAGACUAAUGGUACAUAUGCUUGUAAAUGCACAUUGGGAUUUCAUGGGACUCUUUGUCAGGAUGACCUGAACGAAUGCGACACAACUAUCUCCUCGUGCCAUCCCUAUGCAGAAUGCGCAAAUACAGUCGGUUCGUUCACUUGCACUUGCGGUCAAGAUUACAUUGGAAAUGGUUUCAAUUGCACAUUAAAGCCCAGAAAUGUGUGCCAGAAUAGGCCCUGCGGAGACAAUGGGAGGUGCGAAGAAGACCCAGAGCAUCCGGAAGGAUAUAGGUGUUCAUGCAUCUUAGGUUUCACAGGAGAAAGGUGCAGUAGAGCACAAGCAGAAUGUGCCGCCAAGCCGUGUCUCAAUAAAGCUAUGUGUGUGUCGUCACUUGACGGAUUCCAAUGCUUAUGCUUAGACGGUUUUAAAGGAAAGUUAUGUGAUGAGGUUGAUAAAAAGAGUAAUUCCAUAAUUGAUGGCGCCGAAGCCAUUGAAAAGUCAUUGGAGUCACAAAUGCACAUCACCAGGAGGAUAGUCCUUUACUUUUGUCUUUGUCUGCUUGUUUUAUUCUGCGUUGUCAUGGUGUUGGGGUGCAUAUUCAUCAUCCGAGUGUGCAAACGAAGGAGUGUACUCAUUGAAUAUCAAAAUAAUGAGAUCAAAAAUGGUCACGUUGAAGACGAGACAAAAACAGCAUGGGGAAAAAUAAGUCUCCAGGUUUUAGAGGAGAUGUUCCUUUGUCUGUGUUGCUGUGGAAGAGCGAGAGUGGAUGACAACUGGGUGGAAGCUAUGACAGCAAGACUUUCGGCUCAGAGCUCUAAUGAUCCAAAUGUGCAUAUUCGUAGUCGUGUAAGUUGCAAUGAAUAUAAGGCUAUAGUGCAGCAGCAACUAAAAAAAGCAAAUGAACUGAAGCGUUCUAAAUGUAGUGGCACCCAGACCAGAACUCUACCAAAAAGAAUACACGAACUUCACUCUACGAAUAGAAAAGCAUCAUAUCAAAGUUUCGUGUAUGAUGAAGUACCUCUAACUUCAGAUUCAGACUGAAUAUAAAAGAUUUGUAUCCGAUACAAAAAACGUUAAUUUCCCAAACGAUAGUUAUAGUGAUCAUUGUUUUGUUUGGUGAUACCCUCUGAUCCAAAAAAUCUGUGCGUCAUCAUCUAAACUAACAACUUUUGCCGGCAAUGAUUAUUAUUUUUUAUUGACUUUCAGAAUUUAAUAUGCUGCAACUAAUAUAUUUCAUUUAUUAAACAUUGAAAUUACUAGAGAUUAUUGAAUGAGUUAUUGGCGAGAAAUCGCCAUGGCAACGUUUUUUGGUAUUUUGACGCCAUGAGUGUUGUAAAGACACGAUGUCUAUUUCAAGUGUUAAAGUGGUGCUAAUAGUUUGUUCAUGCUGCAAAUUAUCUCGCAACAAGACAAUCUCUUCGUUUUAAAACGAAGAUAUGUCUUGGUACGAGAUGAGCUGCAAACAGUUCUCCACAACAUCUAUAAUCAUCUUCCAUUAUUACAUAAACCAUAACCGUUUAAUAUGAAACAGUCCAAGAGGUUGGGAGACUAUAGAUCAUAAAGUGUUUGCAUUAAUGCGUAAAUUAUUGAUACUGUCAAUCAAUCGGGGUUGUUGGUGGCCUUUGUUAAUGCCAACAAUCGUACCAUUCAAUGCCCAUUUUCUACCAUGCGGCUAUUCGGCGAACGAAAUGGCUCCUUCGUAUCGUGGGAGACCACCCUGGGGAGACCACUAGCCGUUCAGCUGAACUUUUUAUAAUACACUGGCCUUCGGAAUCGAUAAACAGCCAUGUAGGUUAUCGAAAACAAUGUCAGACGAUCUUGAAUUAUAAAUAUGUUGUGGUCAUGAAGACAGGUGUAACUUUUAGAUAAUUAAAGGACAACUGAAACAUUAAUUUAAACCUAAAGGAAUCAAUUUCAUUUGAUCAUGAAUGUAUUUGGACAUGUCAUCUAAUCAGUAAUGUGGCAACUGUUUCAUUCUAC